CCUUUAUUAGCGCGGUCCGCUAGCUAUGCUCCUCGACGGGCUUGCUGAAAGCAAAUGCUCAGGCUACCCUGGGGUAUGUGGCCUGCCAAGCACAUGGUCAUGGGAGCUGAAGUAUCCAAAGAGACCAGGGACACUGGAAGUCUCACAGAUUUCAGAGGCCGGCGACUGGAACGUUCUGGCCCCGAAACUAAAGCGCCUCCGGCUGACCGAGGCUUCCCAGCAUUAUCCCUCGGAUUGCGACAUGGAAAGUGUGGAACCUGCGGAUGUGUUUUUGUGCUCUCCUGGCACGGAGCUUGGGCGGGAUGUCAACGUGCAGAUGUCAUCAGCAAAUUGCUGGCCUAGUGUCGGGACUGCAAGCGCAGGAGGCACAACGACAUCUCUGAGAACCUGCCAGGAUGCCGGAGCCGCCAAAGGAAGCGGGGCUUCUCAGGAAUGGCGAGCUCAAAUUCAUCAGCGUGCUCUUGAAGAAAUGCGACGGUACAGGCAAGCGCUGCGGAACUGCGAGGUAGGUGUGACUGUCAGGCAGUGUGGCUGAUGCCAGCAGCUUAUUUGGUGUUGGCGUCGCGCGGCCCGUUUUGGACGCUGAACUUUGGAGGCAGCUACACGCCGGACAGGUUUCACCCAUUUGCGCGCAGGGUGUGCGCAAGCAGCAAGUUUAGCAAGCGCA